AUGGUUUUUGUAUGGAAACUCGGAGUCGGAAGCGGACGGGUGGAAACACAUCAGCAACAUCUUCCUCUUCUUCAUCUGAUCCUGAAUCAGAAUAAAGAAUGUCUCGAAGGGAGUGCCAUAGGAAUAUUGUCCAAAGAUGGGGUUGUGUUGGUUGGUGAAAAGAAAGUGACUUCCAAGCUUCUACAGACCUCGGCAUCGACGGAGAAGAUGUACAAGAUUGAUGAUCAUGUCGCAUGCUGGGAUAAAAAUUAUGGGUUCCAGCUCUACAUGAGUGACCCAAGUGGAAAUUACAGUGGUUGGAAGGCUGCAGCAAUUGGAUCAAACAAUCAGGCAGCUCAAUCAAUGCUUAAGCAGGACUACAAGGAUGAAAUCACGAGGGAAGAGGCCGUUCAACUUGCUCUGAAGGUACUCAGUAAGACAAUGGACAGCACUAGUCUUACUUCGGAGAAACUCGAAUUGGCUGAGGUGUUCCUUUCUAAUGGAAAAGUGAAGUAUCAGGUCUGCUCAUCAGUGGCCUUGAGUAAGUUGUUAGUGAAGUUUGGAGUGACCCAACCUGCUGCCGAUGCCUCUUAA